AUGUCUGGCCCACAGUUCAUCGUUGAGCGACUUCGAAGAAACGAGGAAAUCCCUCUAGUCCGCAAGGCGCGGGGCUUCCACCACCUCCUGCUAGCGUCGGAAUGGAAAGCCAUCAACGACAGCAUGACAAGCCCGCCACUGGCCUCGCAGCACCGAACCUGGCGGGCCGACAUCCUCACGGCGGCGGAGCUGCGCACGGCGCUGGACGGCGUGGGGUUUGCGGAGCCCGAGACGCGCGCAAGGGUGGGCGAGAUGCAGCGGGUGCUGCACGAGCUGGACGCGCACGUGCGGCUCCUCGCGGCCGCGAUCGCAGACAUGGCGCCGCCCGGCCCGAUCGCGACGCGCACCGCCCGGCCGCCCGGCUGGACGGCGGCGGCGGUGCAGGCGACCGUGUACGGCGUGCUGUUCGAGGCGCUGCGGCUGAGCCGGGCCGACGGGGCCGGCGGGGCGUGCUUCCAGCUCGCGCACGGCGUGGCCGACCUGUGCGGCGCCAUGCGCAGGGUCGCGCGGCCCGGGUUCGACGCCGGCGCGCCCUUCGCCGUCAACGCCACGAGGAUGGCGCCGCUGGUGCUCCGGCUCGUGGCGCUGUGUCUGGAUGUGCUGCGGGCCAGGGCGGCGGGCGCCCGGGCGUCCCUUCCGGCCAGGUGCUUUGUGGAUUUUGCCGAGGCGGUGGCGGGCCGCGAGGAGGCUGUCGUCGAGUACGAGGACGAGCCUGGGCGGGCGCAGAGGGAGGAGGCGGCCAGGGGUGGGAGUUGA